CGGUCUUUCCUCCAGGAGUUCUGCGUUUCAUACUUUCUUUCAUCUCAUCCCAAUAUCAUUGGAUGUAAUGGCAUCGCCUUCACCACCAUCGACUACUUUGUGUUUGCCCAGGAACUAGCCCCUGUUGGUGAUCUCUUCUCCAUGAUUACACCAUACGUGGGAAUUCCAGAAGACUCAGUUAAGAGGUGUGCUCUUCAGAUCUCCAAUGCUCUCGAAUUCAUAUCCGAGAAAGGACUGGUGCAUAUGGAUUUGAAGCCAGAAAACAUUUUGGUGUUUGACCAGGACUGUCACUUCAUCAAGAUCACAGACUUUGGCCUUGCGAAGGUCAGAGGGACAGUGAUAACAUCCAGGUGUGGUAGCAAAACCUACAUGGCCCCAGAACUACGUGACAUGACCAUUACGGAUGGACUGGUUGUAGAUGACUGCCUUGAUGUGUGGGCGUUUGGUGUUACCAUCUACUGCCUACUUCUAGGGGAGUAUCCGUGGCAGGUGGCCAUGCCUGAAGAUGAAGGAUAUAGAGGUUUUGUUGACUGGCAAAACAAUUUUCAUAUGGACAAUCCUCCUGAACAUGGAGAAAGAUUUCAACUGGAAUAA